AGCCGAUAUUUUCUUCACUCGCGAAGGUCGGAAAAGUGAAAACAAAAGGAAACCCUAAUUGCCAAACAGUAUGUUCAUUUGCUUAGAUAUCUCCGUCACUCUCUCUACUUCUCCCAAACCCUUCUCACUCAUUCACUUCCAAUUACUCAUUACAAAUUGCUGUUUUCUAUAUUUCGUUAUUCAAUCACUUGAUUCACACCCACCUUGCUUAUCGAUCGUAAGAAGCUCUUUUGCUUAUGGGAUUUUCUUGAAUGGCUAAUCUAACCCUUCUGCUUCAUGGUUGUUAGGAAUGGUAGAUAGGACUGAUACUGAAGACCAGGUUGAUCUUGAAGAAGAUAAUUACAUUGAAGAGAUGGAUGAGUAUGCUGAAGAACCGAUUGAGGAAGAAGAAGUGACAGAAGGAGGUUCUGAGGAAAUUAGAAGUGAGGACAGUGGGAAAGGAUCAGAUUUGGCUGAAAAUGGAUCUGGUCAGAUCGAUGAUGUUGAAGAUGUUGUUGAUGUUGUUGAUGAUGGUGAAAAGAACAAGCAUGCAGAACUUCUUGCACUUCCUCCUCGCGGGUCUGAAGUUUUCAUCGGCGCUCUUCCUAGGGAUGUUACAGAUGGAGACUUGGAAGAUCUGUGUGAAACAAUUGGUGAAAUUCUUGAGAUACGACUGGUUAGAAACAAGGAUACUGGUGAAAGUAAAGGUUUCGCUUUUGUUGCCUUUAAAACAAAGGAGGCUGCUCGACAAGCUAUUGAUGAGUUGAAUAACAAAGAUUUUAAGGGUAGAACAUUACGGUGUUCAAUUUCCGAGAGUAAAUAUAGAUUAUUUAUGGGAAAUCUUCCCAAGAAUUGGACUGAUGAUGAUUUCAGUAAAGUCAUUGAAAAAGCUGGUCCUGGGGCAGAGGUCAUUGAGCUUAUUAAGGAUCCUCAAAACCCGGGACGUAAUCGCGGUUUUGGUUUCGUUGAGUAUUACAACACUGCGUGUGCUGACUAUUCUAGACUGAAAAUGACAAGCCCAGAUUUUAAAAUCGAGGGGAAUACCCCUACUGUGACUUGGGCCGAUCCAAAGAAUUCUUCUGAACACUCUUCUGCUGCUACUUCUCUGGUUAAGUCUCUCUAUGUGAGAAACAUACCUGAGAAUACAUCGACUGAACAAGUGAAGCAGUUAUUCGAGCAUCAUGGAGAAAUCACUAAAGUCAUUAUGCCACCUCCAAAGUUGGGUGGAAAACGAGAUUUCGGAUUUGUCCAUUAUGCAGAAAGGUCAAGUGCGUUGAAGGCUAUCGAAGAAAUGGAGAAAUAUGAAAUUGAUGGACAAAAGCUGGAGGUCUGUCUUUCUAAACCUCAAAGUGAUAAGAAGUUUGAUGGGGGAGUUCACGGCCAUGGGCCACAAAUUAAUUUUAAUCCUCGUCAUGGCUAUGGCUCUUUUUCUGGAAAUCCUUAUGGACAUGGAGGUCCUGGAUAUGGUGGUGGUGGUGGAUUACAUCAGCCUGUCAUCUAUGGUAGAGGACCAAUGCCAGCAGGGAUGCAUAUGAUUCCGAUGGUUCUUCCAGACGGACAAAUUGGCUAUGUUCUACAACAACAGCAGCCUGAAGUACAAAUGCCAUAUUCGAGACCUCGAAGAAAUGAUUAUCAUCGAAGCAAUGGGUCUGGUGGGUCCCAAUCACGGGAAAGAGGAUCUAGUGGCGGUGGAAGUGAAGAUGGAAACAGGGGAAGACGACACAGGCCUUAUUAAGGUUUGUUCCAAUUCAAUUGGAUUGUUUUCUAGUUUGUAGUAUGUUAAACCAAAUUACCUCACAAUUUCGACAAAACUUUCAAAAGUUCGUGCUCAUCAUAAAACUCUUGACUACUAGUUGAGAAGAAGACUUAAAAGAACCAUGAAUGUUUCAAUUUUGAAGUAGUUUUAUGACUUUUUAAUUAUGUAUGUGUGGUUAAACAUUAACCAUCUUAAGCUCCCAUUUGUUCAUUUGGGAUUUUAUUUAGUUUUUGAAACAAGAGGUUUUACAAAUUCAAAUUGUGUUGUUCUUUAUGUUAUUUGCAUGUUGGUUUUUUA